AUGGAAGACAUUAGUAUAUAUAUAAAGGAUGAUGAAGACAUCGCUUUCGAAUAUGAGUUACAAAAGAGCCCUGAACAACUCCAAACAUGGGAACAUUAUUUAGACAGGUGGCAGGAGCAGAAUAAAAACGGUCUGAGAUCAGAAGAUUGUAUUCUGUGGCUCUUCAGACGGUAUGUUAAUCAAUUUAUUAACAAUGUUGACGUGUGGUUGGUAUUUAUAGAUUGGGUUAUUGAAAACUCUAUCUAUAAGAAAUAUAAUGACAUUCCAACAAUAUACGAAGAGAGUAUACGGAAUUGUGGGAGUAAAUCAGAAAAACUAUGUCUUAAAUAUUUAAAAUAUGCCAUUGAAACAAGGGAUUUGACUUUAAUAAGGGAGUCGUUUGAUUUAGGACUGGAGUUCACCUCGAAGCAUUCGCAUUAUAAAUUAUGGGAACAACUUCUACUCUUUAUAAAAAAUGUACUAAUUCCAACAACUGAAGCUAUUGAUAAGGAUGAAAAACCUCAAAUAGAACAAUUUGGAGAGAUCAUCGAUAAAAUCUUUGAAGAUAGUAAUCAAAUAGAAAAUGCUAAAGAUAAUUGCAAAAAUGCAGAUAUAUGGAUAUCUAUUUUCUUAGAAAGAUAUCUUUUAGUUUGUCCAAACGAUGAAGUUCUCGAUAAUUUAAUAAUAUUAGGCGGUACUCAUGACUAUAAGAGAAUUAAGGAAGGAUUUGAUAAAUACCUUUUCCAAAAUCAAGAUUAUACUAUUAUAGCAAAAAUUAAGGAUUUACCAUAUUCACUAAAUAUUAUUUAUCUUAAUUCACUUUGUGAAUUAAAUAACAAGUCUGAAUGUCAAAGAUUUAUUAGCACAUUGAAACAAUUAUAUUCUUUUAAUCAUACCAAUAUAGAUUUAAUCACAGCCAAAUAUCUUAUGAUAAAUGAGGAUUUUGACACACUCGAGGUCCAUUUAGAUGUACUAUUGAAGGAUACGAUGAAUAUCGAAGAUUUCAGCAGAGUGAGUAAAUUUCAUUACGAUUUUGAGGUAUGUAUUAUCGACCAAUGCUUUAGUCAAAUAAAUAAAAAGGUAAUUCAGAACUCAAAAUACAAUUUUGAGGAAGUCAUGAAGACACAUCUCAAGAAAUUACAGAUGUUGACAAGAGACCAUGCGAUCAAAUUGAAUGAUUUGUACCUCAGAAAAUCCCCAAAUAAUGUAGGGAUGUGGUUACGCAGAAUUGAUCUUUUUACAACAUUAAAGGAAAAAAUUGGUGUAUAUGUUCAAGGUAUUUUACAAAUAGAUCCGUUACAUGUCAGAGAACCAGGAACAUUUGGAAGAUUGUGGUGUAAUUAUGCACAGUUAUACUGGGACCAAAAUGAUUUUAAUUCGGCGAGAGAAAUAUUUGAAAGAGCCUUGAAAGUACCUUUCCCAUAUUUAAAGGAUUUAGAACUUAUAUGGCUAUACUGGGUAGAAAAUGAAUUAAAGUUGGGUGACAAGCAAAAGGUAUAUCUACUUCUUGAACAAGCCUUGAAAAUACCGAAGAAUCCUAUGGCUGUCUUAGAACAGUACGAGAAUUCAUAUAAUAAGAUUCCUACUAGAAUGGUGGUUUUUCACUCUUUAAAAUUGUGGAACCUUUACGUUGAUUUAUUAGAGUCCGAAAUCAUUGGUACACCUGGUAAAAUUAGUGAGGAAUAUAAGAAAACUGUACAAAUUUAUGAAAACAUGAUACAAUUAAAACUAAUAACUCCUCUUUUAUUUGUGUCCUAUGCUAGACUGAUUGAAAAAUAUGAAGAUCAAGUUAAAAGUUUCCAAGUUUAUAAUAGAGCCAUUUCUUCAUUCCCGCCUGAAAUAAAAUAUGAUAUUUGGUUAUUAUACUUAAAUGAAGCAGUUGUAUCGAAUCUUUCUGUGGAGCAGGUGAGAGACUUGUUUGAGGAGUCGUUAUCCCAAUUAGUACCGAACCAAAUAGAUUGUAUUUCUGUUUAUUUAUUGAAUAAUAAAUAUGAAGAGCAGCAAACUGGAGUGACUCAAGCUACGAUAUCAAAAUUAGUAAGAAGUGCCAAGGAGCUGUCUGGUAAAUAUGUGGAAAGUAAGUUACAGUUAUGGGAUUUGGCAUUAGAAAGAACUAAAUCGCAUUUCGGACUAGAAAUGGCAAGACCUUUAUAUGAGGAAUGUAUCACAACUAUUCCUCGUGAAAAAUCAACAGAAUAUGUUACAUCGUUUGCGCAUUUAGAAGUUGCCUUGGGUGAGGUUAUUCGUGCAAGGGAAAUCCUACAGUAUGGUGCUAAAUUAUUGCCCCCAAUAAGAAAUAACCACUUAUGGAAGUAUUGGGAAGAAUUCGAGAUCUCAAAUGGUGAUAAAGAAAAAUAUAAAGAUAUGCUAAAAUAUAAAAAGAAGCUUGAGGAAGAAAUGAAGAUUGAUACAGAGAAAGUUAGUCAAGAAAGUACUAAUAUUGAAUUUGUCGCAUCAAAAGCAACAAUUCAUGCCAGUAGGACUAAUGUAGAUGUCUCCAACCCUGAAGAAAUUAAUCUGGACUUAUGA